AACUGUUUCUUCGUGAUUAUCCAUUCACAACAGCCGUUGCGCACAUAAUUUGGUCUAUCUACAUAGCUGUGUUGACGCCUUGAUGAAAUCAUCUUUUUCUUAUCAAACCAGUCAAAGCCAAGGGCAUAGCUAGCUAGUAGAUUAAAAUCUACGCAGCACUAAAUAUAAGAUAAUCUGUACUCGUUAUUAAACAGUAGUGCAAGUGUGCAAAAUAAUUUUCAUGCUUCUGUCAUACAUUGUGUUGGUAAAAAGCUUUAUUGACGAUACAUUAUUUGAAUACGUCUCUUAAGGUUGAUUCACAGAUUAACCAUCUCGAUUGUAUAAAAAAAAAAAAACCUAGUGGAACCUUUUUGAAAAAAUAUGUUUCCAUCACGGCAGUCGAAGUAGUGAGACUCGUCGCAAUUUUUUUAUAUCACCUUUUCCACUUCCUGGAUCUUGACUCCAGCGUUUGACCAGCGUGGAGGGAGGAGGUAGAUUUCGUGAAGACCAUGGUGCUGAAAGAGAUUCCUGCCGAAAAUUUUACUCGGCCCCUAGGCCGCAACGAAGUCAUAGGCUUACUUUUCCGUCUGACAAUAUUUGGCGCUGUGACCUAUUUUACCAUAAAAUGGAUGGUAGAUGCUAUUGAUCCCACAAGGAAACAAAAAGUUGAGGCACAGAAACAGGCAGAGAAGCUCAUGAGGAAGAUUGGUGUGACGAAUGUCAAGUUGUCAGAGUAUGAGAUGAGCAUUGCUGCUCAUUUGGUGGACCCUUUAAGUAUGCAGGUCCAGUGGAGUGAUAUCGCUGGCUUGGAUGAUGUAAUUACUGAGCUGAAAGACACAGUCAUACUUCCCAUCCAGAAGCGACACUUGUUUGAGGGAUCCAGGCUGCUCCAGCCGCCAAAAGGUGUGCUGCUGUACGGGCCUCCUGGCUGUGGCAAGACACUGAUCGCCAAGGCCACUGCCAAAGAGGCGGGUUUCCGCUUCAUCAACUUGCAGCCUUCCACCCUCACGGACAAGUGGUACGGAGAGUCCCAGAAACUCGCGGCCGCAGUGUUCUCGCUGGCCAUGAAGCUGCAGCCCUCCAUCAUCUUCAUUGAUGAGAUUGACUCGUUCCUCCGGAGCCGUUGCAGCUCUGACCACGAGGCCACGGCCAUGAUGAAGGCCCAGUUCAUGAGCUUGUGGGACGGGCUGGACACUGACUUUAACUGCCAGGUCAUAAUUAUGGGAGCCACGAACCGCCCGCAGGAUCUGGAUUCUGCCAUUCUUAGGAGGAUGCCUACCAGGUUUCACAUCAACCAGCCUAAUCUAAAACAGAGGGAACAAAUCUUGAAGCUUAUAUUGGAAAAUGAAAAUGUGGAUUCCAGCGUUGACCUGUGCGACGUGGCGAAGGAAACGGACAGCUUUUCCGGAAGUGACCUCCGGGAGAUGUGCCGAGACGCCGCGCUGCUCUGCGUCAGGGACUUCGUUCACAGCAGCCGGGCUGAUAAUUGUCCGGAAGAGGAUUACAUCAGGCCAAUCCAGCAGCAGGAUCUGCAGAAGGCCAUACAGAAAAUGAGGAAGUCCAAGUCUGCAGGAGCACAUAAUGUUCUGGUGCACCCUACUUUGGACUGAGUCUGCCCCAGGGGAAGAGGUCCAGGGAGAGAGGAUUCACACAAUCCCCCCCCCCCCCCCCCCCGGCCCCAAUUAAGUUUAUAUUUCAUCAUUUUCAAAAAAUAAAUAAAGAACUGGUUUCAAGGUGUGGAGGGGGAGCACAGGCACGGUCUGGAUUUAAAGGAGAGAAUGUAGUCACUCCUUCGGAAAUCUUCCGGACACACCACGAUCCACAUGGUUCAGGGGUUCUGCCGUGCAGUUGUUCCAGUUGAACGCUGCUUCUCUCUUUAUUGAAAUCCUCUUUGUUCUUCCAAAAAUCUGUGAGUGCUGGAUAUCACAAAAUCUCUACAGUACAUCUGAAGGGGUACACCGGGUGCCUCUGACUGUUGAUAAAAAAUUAAUAAUUAAAAAAAAAAGUCCUGCUACAGUAAAGAGGAAUGGGGAACUCUUAUCCAUAUGGAAAUGGUGGAAAAGUGCUAAAUAACAGGUUUUUUUUGGGGGGGGGGGGGGUUAAGGGUUGGUGAUGGCCAGAAUGGGGACUGUUGAACACCCUGGGCCAGGUGGUAUAACUACUGGCAUUAAGUGAUGAGGUGCAUUUACGUAGUUCAAGAUGAUGGACUGAAAAUUAACUAUUGCCGUAGUGGAGGUGGAGAGGGGAAUUUGAUUCAAGAUUUGAAGGCGUCUGUGUUCUUUUGGUUUAUGACUCUUCAAGUACAUGGAACCUUUAUUUAUUGACAUAGUUUAGGUUAGCGGUUUCAUUAACUGGUCUAAUAUUACUAAUUUACGGUAAGAGGAGGAGAAGUGGGUUGCGCAUGGUGCUCUCUUGACUUGUUCCUCGUUACCUCAAGUCAUGGAAGUGGAGUUGUUACCUCAUUCCUUUGAAUGGCAGUUCAGUGGUUAGCCCAGAGGUACACUGACAAACCGCUGCUGUACAAUGCUUCUUGUGCUGAUUUUACAUUGCUUGUACAGUUUGUUCCAUUGGCGUGAUACAAUACAAGCAGAAUGUAUGGGGAGAAUCAAGUCGCCUAAUGGGUCUUUUCUGCAUAUAAUGGACUUAAAUUUCUCCUUAAGUAAAAUGAGGGUGUUGGAAAAUAUAAAUAAAUGUAUUGCAAAGACAAAAUUGCCAAUUCUAUGUUACAUUUGUUUUAAGUUUUCUGUGAACUAUAUUUGGAGGUCAUGUUUAGUGUUUUACAUUUUGGUCUUAAUUAUUGAACUGCUGUUUUAAUAAAACAUCAGUUAAAACA